AUGGCGCCGACUCGUUCAACAACACAAGGCCAGGCUGGCAAAGACAACUCACCCUCAAAUAGACAAUCAUCGUCCACUAUUACCAAAUUGCCUAGGUUGCCUGAAGCUCCAGGCUCCAAGAUUCAAAAGCGUGCCUUGCCUCGCCGCCAACAGCCCAACUCAUCAAGAUCACAGCUCAUCUACGUGUCCGCAUCAACACCAUUCAUGUCAGCAGUCUCCCGUGUCCGCAAACAGCUAGACAAGUCCCUCAAAGGCAACGCGCCAUCGACGCGGGGUCUGAACCUGAACCAACGCAUCGACCUGCUCCAUCGCGACAACGGCACGAGGGGGGCAAAUGGAGAGGCGAUCGUGCUCGGCACAGGCAGAGCCAUUGAGAAGGUCCUCAGCAUCGCGGCAUGGUUCACAGAGCAGAGCGACUGCGAGGUCGAGGUGAGGACCAAGACCGUGGGCACGGUCGAUGAUGUUGUGCUCGAGGAAGAGGAUGAGGGAUUCGGGGAGGAGAGUCGUGUGAGAAAGAUCAGUUGCCUCGAAGUUACUGUGAGGCUUCGGUGA